AAAGAAUCAUAUAAACUCUAUAAAUCCAAACUAAAUCCCUUCUCCACGCCAAAGAAAAAAAAAAUCAAAUCAAACCAAACCAAACCAAACAUUCUUCACACAACGCACCUCUCCAAAAUUGUGACACAAGAUCAUUACUUCCCCCCUAAAAUCAGUACUGGUAAACGUCGAAGAAGCAAAAGAGAGUACAUUAAAAAAAAAAAAAAAAAAAAAAAAAAAAAAAAAAAAACCCAUCUCUUGCUAACAUAAACUAAGAAGAAGUUUUCCCCUUUAUCUUCUUUUCUUUCUUUCUUGAAUUGCUUUAUUGUUUUUCUUCUAGGGAGUGUAAGACCAAAAAUGGUACUAGAUAUUUAAACAUAUAGUCAUAUACACAGAGUGAAGCAAAGACUCUCUCUAACUUUGGUUGCUGACCAUGUUGUACAGACAGAUGGACUGACUGCGUUUAAGAACGGGCAACCAACUAGUUUUCUUCUUUUCUUUUUCUUUUCUUUUCUUUUCUUCAACUUGAGGCAGCAAGUAAGUUAUUACUACUAGUAUUAUUAAGAACAAGUCUUACCAAUAUAUAUCUAGGAUUGUCCCAUGUUUUGGUUUUCUGUCUUUGUUUAAGUCUUGGAUUUGGGGUUACAGCCUCGAGAGAGAGCUUCCCUGCACUUUAUUCCUCUUCAAAUUUCUAGUACUGAACGAGGUAUUGUUUGUGAAUAGAGAAGAAGAAGAACAACAACAACAACAGCCAUUUUCCUCUCUCUCUUUCUCACUAGUCUCUUCUGCUGCAUUGUCUUGUUACAAACUGAGAAUCUCUCAUCCUUUUCCUAUUCUCACUCACUAGUCUGUAUCUUCUUUUACUUCCUCUCUUUCUGUUCAUUCUAGUUUCAAUUCCUGACUUCACUAUUGUACUCCUUGGAUCUUAGUUAGUGAGAAGAAAGAACCCAAGAAUUUAAAAACUUCAUUUGGGUUGUUGUUUUCUAGGGACAUAUAAUACAUUUAUUGUAUCUUGUCUUGUGUCUGAAAAUAGCAAGCUUUGGUGUUGAAGAAAUCUAAGAAGAAAUACAGUGAAUUGAGCUGAGGACCUUUUUAUUGAGAAAUCUCAAUUUGGAUCUUGUAGUCAAUGUUGAGUUGAGUUGAUUACAAACAAAACCCAGUGAGUAAUCAAUCACAAAGGACUAAUUUUUGAGUAGUAAGUUUUCAUGAAGAAAUAUUGAAACACAAUGAGGGAAGAUGGAUAUACAAAGAAAAGUAAGUUUUCAUGGUCCAAGAGUCUUGUUAGAAAAUGGUUUAAUAUCAAGACUAAAGCUCAGGACUUUCAUGCCGAUGUUGUCUAUGGAGGUGGUAAUAGAGAAUGGAACAACAGUUACUCAGAGAUGGAGGCAUGCACUAUCAAGAAAAGCAGAACAGAGAGAUUGAAUAGGAAAAACUUUGAUGGCGUUAGGAGAGGAAAGCUUGAUCUUGAUGCUGCUCAAGUUACUGAUGUCCAAAAUCACAGUAUCUUUGUAGCUACAUGGAAUGUAGGUGGAAAAUCUCCACCAAGUCACUUGAAUUUAGAAGAUUGGCUUCAUACUUCACCUCCUGCUGAUAUCUAUGUUCUUGGCUUUCAAGAGAUUGUUCCGUUGAAUGCUGGCAAUGUUUUGGGAGCAGAAGACAACGGUCCUGCAAGAAAAUGGCUAGCACUUAUCCGUAAAACUCUGAACAAUCUUCCGGGAACUAGUGGAAAUGGUUGUUGUUACACGCCUUCACCUGUCCCUGAUCCCGUUGUAGAAUUAGAUGCUGAUUUUGAAGGAUCAACAAGACAAAAGGCUUCUUCGUUUUUUCAUCGUCGGUCAUUUCAAUCCUUGAGUCGUAGUAUGAGAAUGGAUAAUGAUAUGUUUGUCUCACAGCCACGACUUGAUCGGAGAUUUAGUGUCUGUGAUCGUGUUAUGUUUGGCAAUAGACCAAGUGAUUAUGACCCAAAUUAUAGAUGGGGUUCAUCCGAUGAGGAAAACGUACCUGAGGAUUCACCUAGUACUGUUUACUCGCCAAUGUCUUUUGGUGGAUCAAAUUCUAUGGAGCAUAGAGAGAAAUCAUCAGGGAAUUCGAGGUAUUGUUUGAUCUCUAGUAAGCAGAUGGUUGGGAUAUUUUUAACAGUGUGGGUAAGGAGUGAUUUAACUGAUGCUGUUCGAAACAUUAAAGUUUCUUGCAUUGGCAGAGGACUAAUGGGAUAUCUUGGGAAUAAGGGUUCCAUUUCGGUUAGUAUGUCCUUGCACCAAACAAGCUUUUGCUUCGUGUGUAGUCAUUUAACCUCUGGGCAAAAGGAGGGGGAUGAGCUACGACGGAAUUCUGAUGUCAUGGAGAUAUUAAGAAAAACGAGGUUUCCACGUGUUCAUGGAUUAGGAGAUGAGAGAUCCCCGGAAACGAUUAUGGAUCAUGAUCGAGUAAUUUGGCUUGGAGACUUGAACUACCGUAUUGCCCUCUCUUACCGUUCUGCGAAGGCACUUGUUGAGAUGCACAACUGGAGGGCACUGCUACAAAACGAUCAGUUACGCAUAGAGCAAAAGCGGGGUCGUGUGUUUGAAGGAUGGAGCGAAGGGAGGAUAUAUUUCCCUCCAACAUACAAGUACUCAAAUAACUCAGAUAGAUAUGCAGGGGAUGAUGCCCACAAUAAGGAAAAACGGCGAACUCCGGCAUGGUGCGAUCGCAUUUUGUGGCAUGGAAGAGGCAUCCGACAAUUAUCUUAUGUUCGUGGCGAGUCAAGGUUCUCAGAUCACCGGCCAGUUUAUAGUAUCUUUACUGCCGAGGUUGAAUCAAUCAAUCAUAGUCGAAUUAAGAGAAGUGCGAGCUGCACAAGUUCUCGAAUUGAGGUCGAAGAACUUUUACCUCACUCACGUGGAUAUACUGAGCUUAAUUUCUUCUGAAUGGUUAGGAGCUUGUAAAGACUCAAAUUUGAGAGGGGAUCAUAAUGAGAUAGUUGUUGUUUGGUAUCAAGAGAACUUCGGGUGUGAAGCCAAAUGACCCGUGUUUUCUCGAAAGGUAAAGCAGAGACAAUGAAAAAAGAAUCCAAUGAAUUUAUGUCAGUGACAUUUAAAUAUUCCUCGUAUCGAUCUUGGUUAUUUUGGUGUACCAGCAGAUUCCUCUUCUGCGGCACCUCAAAUACUUCAGACAACGACGACAUGAAAAUCCCAAGGGCUGGACCAUCUAUUUGCCAAAAAAGUUGGAAGAAAACUUGCUUGAAAGGUUGACGGAGAAAUUCGAUCCCCACAAACCGCCAAAAAGCCUAACAAAGCACUCAUUUAUUUUCUUCACUCCUGACCAUCUAGCCUGUCCUAACCAUUUUACCUAUCAGAUAUUCAAUUUUUUUCAUCAAACUAUCAUGUAACAAGUUCAGCUAGUCCUGAGGCUGAAUACUCAUUGCAAUGUACCAGCCUCGAACAUAAAGACCAGUAGCAGCAUUUUUUUUCCACUUGAUGACCAGGAUGUAUAAUGUAUCUUCCCUGAAGCUGGAAAUCCUGAGUGGGUAACAGGCGAAAGUAGUACUAGUAUUUGUCUUUUUUUUCUAACUCAUUGUUUGUAUUUUAAAUUUUAUCCAAACGUUAUUCUUUUGUAUAUAACUUAGGAGUUGGAGAAUCAUUGCCUACAUUCUUAGAGACAGAGAGAAAAAGGAAGAAAUGAAACAGAAUAAUCAUUUGUUUGUUGUAAAGAUGAAGAAGAUGGGAGGGAGAUGUGAUAAAGACCAAACUGAAUGAGAAAAAAGAAGAAAAGAAAAUGGUGAAGUUAUCAUAGAUACUUAUGUUGUAGCUCUGAUACAUCUUAAUGAUUUUUAUACUGAAAAAGUUCAAGUUUUUGCUUCUUGUAUCUCUACACAAUUCAUUCUUCUCUUUUAUAGCUUUAUCUUUGAUGUAAGCUAUUUCCAUGCUAAGAAUAAAGAAAAAGAGCAUUUA